AUGUGAUGAGGGGGCUUCGGUUUCCAGUCGGAACCGUGAAGCUGAGGGACCGGGCGGCGGACAGUGUUCAGCAGCGGAUCCGAAGCCAGGAGCAGGUGAAAAGGCCAGUGCCAGGAUGCCAAAACUUCAUGGGUUUGAUUUCUGGAAGACCACACUGAACAGUGCUCGAUAUGUGGUUGCUCCAAUGGUGGAUCAGAGUGAGCUUGCAUGGAGGUUACUCAGUCGUCGACAUGGUGCCCACCUUUGUUACACUCCCAUGCUUCAUGCCCAGGUAUUUGUCCGGGAUGCAAACUACAGGAAGGAGAACUUGUAUAACGAGGUGAAUGCGGAGGAUCGACCAUUAGUUGUUCAGUUCUGUGCAAAUGAUCCAGAAGUGUUUGUCCAAGCCUGUCUGCUAGCUCAGGAUUACUGCAAUGCCAUUGAUUUGAACUUGGGUUGUCCACAGAUGAUUGCAAAACGAGGGCACUAUGGAGCAUUUCUGCAGGAAGAAUGGGACUUACUACACAAAAUGCUUUCUGAGGCACAUAAAAGAAUCUCUGUUCCUAUCACAUGCAAAAUCCGGGUUUUCCCAGAAAUCAGUAAAACUGUGCAGUAUGCAAAGUUGUUGGAGAAAGCAGGUUGCCAGCUAUUAACUGUUCACGGUCGUACCAAAGAACAAAAGGGGCCUCUGACAGGUGUAGCUGACUGGGAACACAUAAAAGCUGUGAGGAAAGAAGUUAACAUCCCUGUGUUUGCCAAUGGCAACAUCCAGUAUUUGAGCGAUGUAGAGCGGUGCAUUCAGGAAACGGAGGUACAAGGUGUAAUGAGUGCAGAAGGCAAUCUUCAUAAUCCAGCUCUUUUUGAAGGACGCAAACCACCUGUAUGGGAGAUGGCAGAAGAGUAUUUGGAGAUUGUCAACCAAUAUCCUUGUCCACUUUCAUUUGUUAGAGCUCAUCUCUUCAAACUCUGGCAUCACACGUUGCAGGUGUACCAUGAAUUAAGGGAAGAAUUGGCAAAGGUGAAGACACUGGAAGCCAUCGUACAGGUCAACAAAGAACUGAAACGGAAGUGCUUGGCUGAAAUAUCUAAUUGGAAUGAAGAAGAGGCAAGGGAAAACGAGUUGCCUCUCCCUCACUGGAUUUGUCAACCGUACGUCCGACCAGGACCCAAGGAUGUUAAUUCUGUGAAUGGAGAAAAGCAUACACGUGGGAAAUCGUGUGGAAAAAGAGCCCUGGAAGAGGAGGAAGGGAAUCUUGAAUUUCUCUCAAAGAAUAAACAAAAAAAGAAAGCCCGAAACCCAAACAAAAGUUUUGAUACCUCAGUGAAACCUAAAUAUGUGAAAUGUGAACAGUGUGGAAACCCAAAGGGGACUAAAUGCAUCUUCAACUUGUGUCGUGGGUGCUGCAAGAAAAAAGCUUUCAAAGAGCUGGCUGAUUGCACAGGUCAUGGAUUACUCUUCAAAACUAAACAUGAAAAGAGAUUGAAAUGGAAAUUAUUGGAAGAAGGAAUACUGGAGAAUGGAGACAAAAUUCAUGAGCAUUUGGAUCAAUGAAGAAAUCAUUCUCAACAAAUUGAUUGGAUAUCCAUGAUGUUUCAAAUGCACACCCAAUUAUAUGCGCGCACACAUACUUUUGCACGCACGCACACACUUAUACAUGAACACACACGCACACACUCACAUAUAGGUAUUUAUCCACAGGGCUCAAGGUGACAUUUCUUUGAUUAAGUGUUAGUUAUUUUUGAAUUCCACUCAGAAGUAUUCCAGUCAAUUGGCAAUAUUUUGCUAGUUAUGAUUACAGCCCAGUAUUUUCAUGUAAGAAUUGGCUUAUUUUGGCACCUUGGUGGCCCACGCUGAUUUUAAUGUAUGCCUUAUAUUGUAGUGCUGACAUUUAUCCAUGGUAGCAUAAUCACAAACAAAAAUAUGCUUUCCAUGACAACAUUAAAUGUCCUCUUUCUCUGAAUACAGAAGGUACACCAUUCGAUCAGUAUUUAGUAAGGAGUAUACGAGAAUGAUAAAGGGGAAAAGGUAAUUACAGAUGCAAAUAGCACAAAUCUGGUAAAAGUUAAAAAUUGCACGACACCUGGUUAUAGUCCCGGUUGUGUGGUUUUUGACUUUGUCCACCCCAGUCCAACACCGGCACCUCAACAUCCUGGUAAAAGUUGUAAAUUUCUCCCAGGUCCUACUGCCUCAUAGAUUUCACUUGAUUAUCUUGAAUGUUU